CUACGAAUGCUCUUCAUUAACUGUUGAAUGUGUUUCCCAGAAUCAAUUUUUCAUCUCAGGGCUAGUGGGAGAUGAGAUUAUAAAGAAUCGUGUAUUAGAAUCAUUGUGUGAGAGAAUCACGCGAGCUUACAAUGAGAAUAAGUGCUUCAGGGUCAUUAUUGUCAUACCACUUCUGCCUGGAUUUCAGGGUGGUUUGGAUGAUAGUGGUGCGGCAUCUAUACGAGCUAUCAUGCAUUGGCAAUAUCGGACAAUAUGCCGGGGAAAUAUGUCAAUUUUGCAUAAUCUGAGUGAUCUUACUGGUCCUAGAGUGCACGAAUAUAUAUCUUUUUAUGGUCUCAGAUCCUAUGGUAGACUGUUUGAUGGAGGUCCUGUGGCUUCUAGCCAGGUUUAUGUGCAUAGCAAAAUCAUGAUAGUUGAUGACUGCACAGCCUUGAUCGGAUCAGCAAAUAUUAAUGACCGGAGCUUGCUCGGCUCCAGAGACUCUGAGAUCGGUGUAAUUAUCGAGGAUGAAGAGUUUGUUGAUUCAUACAUGGGAGGCAAACCACGCAAGGCCGGGAGAUUUGCAUCUAGCCUUCGACUCUCGCUAUGGUCUGAGCAUCUUGGUCUUCAACCUGGAGAGAUUGGUCAAAUUACUGAUCCAGUGAUUGAUUCUACAUACAAGGAUAUAUGGAUGUCAAUUGCAAAGACCAACACCAUGAUUUUCCAAGACGUUUUUUCUUGUGUUCCAAAUGAUCUUAUAGAUUCGAGGGCUUCUCUUCGUCAGUGCCUGGCUCACUGGAAAGAGAAGAUCGGUCACACUACGAUCGAUUUAGGAAUAUCUCCAAAUAAGCUAGAGUCUUACCAAGAUGGAGAUAUCAAAGAAACAGAUCCAAUGGAGAGGUUAGAGAUGGUAAGGGGUCAUCUCGUUUCUUUCCCACUCGAUUUUAUGUGCAAAGAAGAUCUAAGACCCAUGUUUAGUGAAAGCGAGUACUACGCUUCACCUCAAGUCUUUCACUAGACCUGGUUGGCUUUGGUUGUACAGAGGAAGAAUCCAUACAUAUAUUUUGAAAUAUAUAAGUUUUCAAGCUAUCCAUAGCUAUGCUGGGAAUCUGCAGCCAGCCUUGUGGAGUAGUAGGAAUAAAUAAAAUUAUAGGAACUGAGCAUCCCGCAUUGUGGGGUCGCAGGGUAGCACGUUGACCAUUUAUUUCAAUCCCAGAUCCGUUCCUUUACCUGAUUCUUCAGGUGCAGAUUUGUAGUAAACCAAUGCGACAUGCCCGAAACAAAUGGACACUUGCCACUGGGUUACUGAUGAUUUUUAAGGUGCUCUAAAAAAUUUCCUCUCGUGGGACAAACAUCGAUAUGUGUUGAAGACGGUAUAUUUCAGUGGUUAUUUACAGGUAUAAUUAUAUUUUGUAACCUCACGUGCUCAUUUUGUAAAAACAGUGGAUAUAUGUACAAAGUUUUUAAUAUUAGCGUUAAAUUUUUUUUUCUUUUAUUCAUAUAUAUUUAUAUGUAUUAUUGUAAAUUUUAUUACUUCCUCCGUUCCAUAAAAAAAUACACACUUU